AGCGCGAGGGCUCUGUGGCCGGCCUGCCUUCAGCUACCCGGGGCGGCGGGAGAGCGCGGCAAGCGGGGCGCAGGGUUGAGGAACGCGGCGCGGGAGUGCGGGAGGUUCGCCGCCCGGCUCCGUCGCUGUCGUUCUCCGCGCCUCGAGCACUCGCUUCCUUCCCUCCCCUCCCCUGCAUCCCGGCCUGGGGUCUCGGGCGGGGAACGGAGGGAAGGGACCUGAGAGGAAGCGAAAGCGGAGUGAGGGGCGGAGGGGGUCCCGGCGCGGAGCAAGGCGCGCGCCGCUGCUUGUUCUUUCUCCGGAGCCGCCGCCUCCUUGCCGGGUGGGUGCCGCGGCUCCGGGCGCGCGGGACUCCCGGGGCGCCCGCACUAUGCAGGCGGACCGCCGGCCGCCGCGAUGGCGAGCCGGACGGUGGUGAGAGCAGGGCGCAGCCCGUACCAACCCCAACCCCGAGUCCGGGCCGCGGCCGCCGCCCCCGCAGGGGCCGCGCUCCCCCACUCCCGUUCCUGCCCGCUCCCGCCCCGCGCCAGCGCCUCCUCCCCGCCUAUGCCUCUGUUCCUUCUGCUCUUACUGGUCCUGCUCCUGCUGCUCGAGGACGCUGGAGCCCAGCAAGGUGAUGGAUGUGGACACACUGUACUAGGCCCUGAAAGUGGAACCCUUAUGUCUAUAAACUACCCACAGACCUAUCCCAACAGCACCGUUUGUGAAUGGGAGAUUCGUGUAAAGAUGGGAGAAAGAUUGCGCAUCAAAUUUGGUGACUUUGACAUUGAAGAUUCUGAUUCUUGUCAUUUAAAUUACUUGAGAAUUUAUAAUGGAAUUGGACUUAGCAGAACUGAAAUAGGCAAAUACUGUGGUCUGGGAUUGCAGAUGAACCAUUCAAUUGAAUCAAAAAGCAAUGAAAUUACAGUGCUGUUCAUGAGUGGAAUCCAUGUUUCUGGACGAGGAUUUUUGGCUUCAUACUCAGUUAUAGAAAAACAAGAUCUAAUUACUUGUUUAGACACUGCAUCCAGCUUUUUGGAACCUGAGUUCAGUAAGUACUGCCCAGCUGGUUGUCUGCUUCCUUUUGCUGAGAUAUCUGGUACAGUCCCUCAUGGAUAUAGAGAUUCCUCGCCAUUGUGCAUGGCUGGUGUGCAUGCAGGAGUGGUGUCAAACACCCUGGGUGGCCAGAUCAGUGUUGUAAUUAGUAAAGGUAUCCCGUACUAUGAAAGUUCUUUGGCUAACAACGUCACGUCUGUGGUGGGACACUUAUCUACAAGUCUUUUCACAUUCAAGACGAGUGGUUGUUAUGGAACUCUGGGCAUGGAGUCUGGUGUGAUUGCCGAUCCUCAGAUAACAGCUUCAUCUGUGCUGGAGUGGACGGACCACACAGGGCAGGAGAACAGCUGGAGACCCGAAAAGGCCAGGCUGAAGAAACCGGGGCCUCCCUGGGCUGCUUUUGCCACUGAUGAGUAUCAGUGGUUACAAAUAGAUCUCAACAAGGAAAAGAAGAUAACAGGCAUUGUGACCACUGGCUCCACCAUGGUGGAGCAUAACUACUAUGUGUCAGCCUACCGAAUUCUAUACAGUGAUGAUGGGCAGAGGUGGACUGUGUACAGAGAGCCUGGUGUGGAGCAGGAUAAGAUAUUUCAAGGAAACAAAGAUUAUCACCAGGAUGUGCGUAAUAACUUUUUGCCACCAAUUAUUGCACGUUUUAUUAGAGUGAAUCCUACCCAAUGGCAGCAGAAAAUUGCCAUGAAAGUGGAGCUGCUGGGAUGCCAGUUUAUUCUUAAAGGUCGUCCUCCAAAACUUACUCAACCUCCAUCUCCUCGGAACAGCAAUGACCUCAAAAACACUACAGCCCCUCCAAAAAUAGCCAAAGGUCGUGGCCCCAAAUUUACUCAACCACUACAACCUCGAAGUCGCAAUGAAUUUCCUGCACAGACAGAACAAACAACUGCCACUCCUGAUAUAAAAAACACUACCGUAACUCCAGAUGUCACCAAAGAUGUAGCCUUGGCCGCAGUGCUUGUCCCUGUGCUGGUCAUGGUCCUCACCACUCUCAUUCUCAUAUUAGUGUGUACUUGGCAUUGGAGAAACAGAAAGAAAAAAACUGAAGGCACCUAUGAUUUACCUUACUGGGACCGGGCAGGUUGGUGGAAAGGAAUGAAGCAGUUUCUCCCGGCCAAAUCCGUGGAGCACGAGGAAACCCCCGUUCGCUACAGCAGCAGUGAAGUCAAUCACCUGAGUGCGAGAGAGGUCACCACAAUGCUGCAGACGGACUCUGCAGAGUAUGCCCAGCCGCUUGUGGGAGGAAUUGUUGGCACACUUCAUCAGAGGUCGACCUUCAAACCAGAAGAAGGAAAAGAAACAGGCUAUGCUGACCUAGAUCCUUACAACUCCCCGAUGCAAGAAGUCUAUCACGCCUACGCCGAACCACUCCCAAUUACGGGGCCUGAGUAUGCAACCCCCAUUGUCAUGGAUAUCUCGGGGCACACCCCAGCUUCAGUUGGUCUACCCUCAACGUCCACUUUCAAAGCUACAGGGAACCAGCCUCCUCCUUUAGUGGGAACAUACAACACUCUUCUCGCCAGGACUGACAGCUGCUCCUCAGCCCGGGCCCAGUAUGAUACCCCAAAAGGUGGGAAGCCAGGUCCAAGUGCCCCAGAGGAAUUGGUGUACCAGGUGCCACAGAGCACACAGGAGGUGUCAGGAACAGGGGGGGAUGGCGACAGUGAUGUUUUUAAAGAAAUUAUUUGAAGGUGAUGCUGCUUUUUACAAAGCAUCGUUUUAAAGCACAUGGCCUUUUUUUUUCUAUUAGUGGUAGUAAUAUAUAGAAUGUAUUACAUAUCUGUCACGGAUGUAGUGGGGGAAGUGUGAUGACCGAGGUACAGGAAACUACUAAUCUUGCCAUCUUGCUUUAGAAGUGUUGUUGUAGCAGUUACUGCUUGCCUGUUAAAUUUCGAACAUCCUGUUUGUUACUACUGUAAAACACUAUUUUUAAUACAGAAAAAGCUCCCUACUAUGCACUUCAAAGAAAUUAAAAAUCACUGAAAGUAUUUAUUACCAAUGCUGCAGGUACAUUUGAUAAACUCAAUAAGGCUUUGUAAGCCUGACUGGCAAUAAUGCAUGGUACUGUUCUUGAAAUGUCUAAUGGCUUGAAAUUCUGCUUUGUGUGAAGGUGGGUACUAUCAUGAUUUCCUCCUCUUCUAUUCCUGUAUUCCUUUCUGGGUUUAAAAAAAUAAUAAUUAGUGAUACAUAAUCAUUGUUUUGAUUGCAGUCAUACACACGUAUCCAUUUUUCCUUAAGAAGAGUACAGGUGAGAAACUCCGAUUUAAUGAGCAGGGUGAUUGUCACUUUUUGACACUCAGGUGCUUUGACACCCACGGUACAUGACUUGGCCUGGUCUCUGCUUAUUCCGCCUGGGGCCUUGAUGGCCAGCCCGUUCUUGUGUUUGUAAAAUGUUUUUGAGUUUUUUCAGUGGGUUAUACCUGCUCUAUCAAACUUCAUGAAUUCAGAUCCUCUAAUGUGUUUAAGUUUACUUCUCACUGUAGAAACAGGAACUUUGCAAUUUAAAAAAGCUAUAAAAGAGAUCCUCUCUAAAAAAGCGAUGAAAGAGGUACUCCUCCCCUCCAACUUUAUUUGCAAUGGGAUUUUUUUCUAGGAGGGUUGUGAAGUUUACAGCUUCCAAGUAGACGCUGUAAACAUGCCCCACUUAUAUUUAUCACAGCAAAAGCAAAAUCAUUCUUCAGAAGUCCUGUAAAUUACCUUUAAAAAAGAUAACCAGAAUUUGCCCCCUUUUAAAAUAUGUAGAUUUUUUUUUUUAAUCUCAAGGUAUGUUUUGGGUUUUUUGUGUGUCUUUUAGUUUUCCAAAGCAAACUAUAAACUCAGUGUGUUUGUGCCUCAUCCGUGUGUGAGAGGGUGAGUAGUUCUUUAUCUCAUACGUAGGGAAGAGGUGUUAUAUCAUCCUCACACGUGGCUAUUCAUGUGUCUUUUUUUAUUCCCCUGGGCACCUUGUUACCAUUUACCCAGAACAGAGCUAAGUUUAGAUGGGUGAAAUAGAAAUCAUCUGUAGUUUAUCAGCCUAGAGUGUAAAAACCAUGAUUAAAAGUCUUUAGGCUGGCAACACAACAUAAGCUGCCCAUGUGAUUAAAGUUUGAAAUCCCUUCUAUAUACUUUAAUUUGUAGUCUUAAUGGAAAUGUACUUUUCCAUUCCAUCAAGUCCUACUCAUUUCUAUUGGCCUGGGCCACCAGAUUAUGAUGUUGCCAGAACUUGCUAAAUUUGAAGGUGAACAGUCUUCAUUUUGUUGCUUCCACAAGUAUAUCAGUAAUCUAAAACAUUGCUUCCAGAUAGAACUGUUUAUUUCUACAGCCUCCCGCCCUCUCCUUGUAUGAUCUUGUUGGUUUUAUUUUCAUUUUCUUUUCCUUUUCCAUACAUACUAUGAAGCAUAAUUUUAUUCAUUGAAAACCCAAUCCAUAUUUUGUUUCAAAAUAUUUGAAACAAAAAGCACAGGUGUUGAACUUUUAUUAGAACAUAUGAAUGUGUAAAGCACAUGUAUUAAUGCAGCCAUCCCCUUUCAGGUGGGAAGAGAGUAAACCAAUCGCUUUAUUUUUUUAUUCAUCCUUAGUACAGAGAGAAUAUACCUUUCCUAGAAUCAUAUACCUUUUUGAAGCUUUAAGAGAAAUGUUUUCAAUAACUAUUUUGUUUUCCCAAAGAUGCUUGCUAUUUUUGUGUAACUGUGUGCACCUCCUUUUCCCAUGAAACCUUUUUUUUUUGAGAAGCAAAUGUUUUCUUAAAUGAUGCAUGUUUUAAGACUUGAUUCAAAAUGCCACUGUGCUGUCCUUGAAUUGCCAAUGAUUCUUACAAAUAUCUAGUUUUUACUACUUUUAUAUAUUUUACUUUCAAAAUGAAGAGCUGAGCCUGAUACAAAGGGUUGUUCUGGUUUUGUACUUUUUCUUUUAGUUUGUUUUCAUAGUAGAGUUUUGGGGUUUGGGUUUUGUUUGUUUUUUUAACUACAUUUUUAUGUCUGAUAUAUAUAUACAGCUUUGGAGACAAUCAAGUAACAACUGAAAAUGUGAAAAGUAGCCAUUUUUUACAAAAAUGUCCUUGAAUUUUUAUUCUUUGCUUGAAAUAUGUAAAAGACUUAAGUCACUGUGGUUUAUUGGUUUAAAUUUUUUUCCUAUUAAUACAAUUCUAAAAAUAGAAUCAAACAGUGGUGCAGCAAGUGUGGCCAUUACAUGUUUUGUAAAAUUACACUGACUUCGCUGUUACUUGAUCUUAGGAACCAGCACAGUUAGAGGUAAGAUAUUGUGAAUGCUGACUUAUAUUUUAUUAAAAGCUGUAAAUCUAAAUAGAUCCUAUUGUAUGCAGGGUCUAGUCCAGUUAUUUAAGUUCAUGUUUCACUAUUUGCACUUUGCAUUGAACAAUGGGUUUAGUUUGCUGACGAAAUGGUUCGAGUAGAGAAUUUAUACAGUAAUUGAAAUUAUGACAUUGUGUAUGUACUUGCCCUUCCUCCCACAGCAGGGAGCAGAAAGUGAGCUCAUCUAAAUAUGAAUGCAGCUCUAAUUGUAUGGAAAGUGGUAAAGCUUUAAGGUACUUGCCUUGACUCCACAUUGUCACCUGGAGAGCAGGAUGGCUAUAAAAGCACCAUGUCAGGUGAUAUGAUUAAAAAGAACUAACAGACUAUUCUUUCCAGACCUUUUUAAGAGAAAAUUAAUGAAGAACAAAUUACCUAUUUGCUUUGCCUUUUAGUUCUGAACUUGAAGUCCCUAAACUGCAAAAUCUGAAGAGUUGGAUGGUUAUUAAAGUACUUUUUAGGUCAAGUGUGGUACCAAUUCUCAUUUAGUCACACCAACUUGUGGCUAAUUUCUUCAUUUCUUUCUCUUUUUUCUUUUUUUUUUUCUUUUUUUUGACACUGGGAAGGGUGGAAACAAAACACGUAUUGAAAUACAUAUUGGAAACAAAAAUGGCUUAAGUGUCAGUGAAAUUCUCCCAGAAUGUACUUUUCUUACCUCGGCAUGUACUGUAGUCACUCAGUAUUUGUAUAUGUUGCUAGAAUUUAGAUUGUAUAAAUAGUGAGAUUUUAAUGUGUUCAUGUGUUUUUAAUAAAUUGUAUAUAUGUGUCUUGCUCAGA